AGUUUUGUUAUAGCCAUAGCUCAAUUCUUGUUUUCCUUACAAAUGGCACAUUUAAUUGUCACACUGCUUCUCCUUAGUGUACUUACAUUAGCUACCCUGGAUUUUACAGGUGCUCAAGCAGGAGUUUGUUAUGGAAGGCAAGGGAAUGGAUUACCAUCUCCAGCAGAUGUUGUGUCGCUAUGCAACCGAAACAACAUUCGUAGGAUGAGAAUAUAUGAUCCUGACCAGCCAACUCUCGAAGCGCUUAGAGGCUCCAACAUUGAGCUCAUGCUAGGUGUCCCGAAUCCGGACCUUGAGAAUGUUGCUGCUAGCCAAGCCAAUGCAGAUACUUGGGUCCAAAACAAUGUUAGGAACUAUGGUAAUGUCAAGUUCAGGUAUAUAGCAGUUGGAAAUGAAGUUAGUCCCUUAAAUGAAAACUCUAAGUAUGUACCUGUCCUUCUCAACGCCAUGCGAAACAUUCAAACUGCCAUAUCUGGUGCUGGUCUUGGAAACCAGAUCAAAGUCUCCACAGCUAUUGAAACUGGACUUACUACAGACACUUCUCCUCCAUCAAAUGGGAGAUUCAAAGAUGAUGUUCGACAGUUUAUAGAGCCUAUCAUCAACUUCCUAGUGACCAAUCGCGCCCCUUUGCUUGUCAACCUUUAUCCUUACUUUGCAAUAGCAAACAAUGCAGAUAUUAAGCUUGAGUAUGCACUUUUUACAUCCUCUGAAGUUGUUGUAAAUGAUAACGGAAGAGGAUACCGAAACCUUUUUGAUGCCAUCUUAGAUGCCACAUACUCGGCCCUUGAAAAGGCUAGUGGCUCGUCUUUGGAGAUUGUUGUAUCAGAGAGUGGUUGGCCUUCAGCUGGAGCAGGACAAUUAACAUCCAUUGACAAUGCCAGGACUUAUAACAACAACUUGAUUAGUCACGUGAAGGGAGGGAGUCCCAAAAGGCCUUCCGGUCCAAUAGAGACCUACGUUUUCGCUCUGUUUGAUGAAGAUCAGAAAGACCCUGAAAUUGAGAAGCAUUUUGGACUAUUUUCAGCAAACAUGCAACCAAAGUACCAGAUCAGUUUUAACUAGUUAAAAGCAAGAGGAGAGCAUUAAUAGGAAUAAGGACUUUCCUUUGUAUGAAGAGAAAGUAGUCCAUUGGCACUAUGUACUGAAACUAUAUAUCAUGCUCAUAAAGAAAGCAGUUAUUACAAUAAUGAAA